UCAUCAACAUCAAAAAGAGCAAGAAAGAUAGCUAGAAGAAACAAGGAUUUUGGAAAGACCUUGAUAAAAGCUGGAUGGGUGGUUAUCUUGCUGUGCUUUCUGGAUAAAAAUUGGCGGCUUAUAUAUAUAUAUAUAUACACACACAUAUACAUACUGGUGAUAAACAGAUAACCAGAUGUGUAGCAGGGGCCAUUGGAGGCCUGCUGAGGAUGAGAAGCUACGAGAGUUGGUGGAAAAAUAUGGACCUCAUAAUUGGAACGCCAUAGCUGAAAAGCUACAAGGAAGAUCAGGGAAGAGUUGUAGGUUGAGAUGGUUUAAUCAGUUAGAUCCAAGAAUCAAUCGAAGCCCCUUCACAGAAGAGGAAGAAGAACUCCUCCUCGCAUCUCAUCGUAUACAUGGGAAUCGAUGGGCAAUAAUUGCUAGACUUUUCCCUGGUAGAACUGAUAAUGCAGUGAAGAAUCAUUGGCAUGUUAUCAUGGCUCGGAGAUGCAGAGAGAGGUCAAAAAUGUAUGCAAAAAGAGCUGCUCAAGCAUCAAGAACUGAUCAGCAGAAAUCUGAGUCGCCAAAGCAAGACAUGCAAGCAAGUAGUAAUCAGAUCAAAUGUAGCUUCAGUCCAAUACUCUUUGAGAAUAAUUACUCUCAAAGGCUUCAUCAGUACCCUCUAACAUUUAGCACUUGUUCUCCAUAUCUAAAGGAGCUAUUGUCUCAAAAACAUAUUCAUGAUAUGAAUAUGAGCCGUGAUAAAGAUAAAAAUGAACCAGUGGAGUUUUAUGAUUUUCUUCAAGUGAAUGCUGACUCUAACAGAAGUGAAGUGAUAGACAAUGUUGCAAGAAAAGAAGACGAGGAAGUGGAACAAGAAUCAAUACUGGAGCAUGAUCAUCAGACAAAGACUGGUGUGCCGUUCAUUGAUUUCUUUUCAGCUGGAGGAGAUCAGUACUCUGAAAUUAGAUCAGAGGGAUGCAAUUAUAACCACUCUGAAAAGGUUUAUUACUGAUGAUAAUGAGAACACUUACAUUUCCAAAUUCUAGGUUCUAACCAAACAUAUUUCCUGCAUCCCGAUUAAUUCCCUGAUAUAUGCAUUGCCCGAACAAGAUUAUCUGCAUGCACAAGUUGUAGAUAAUGAGUUGUACUAGUUAAUUAUGUACGUGUUCCAGUUUAGUUGAGAGAAA